AUGCCGCAAUCCAGCCCAUUCUCUUCUAAACGGACCCCUAAUAAGGGAUCCAAAACAACGCACCCUCCUUCUACCCCCGACUCUCACUCCCGACGCCUCGAUAUGUCUCCCCGUGCCAAUCAAUCCAAGAAGACAACGAACUCCCGCAACAGUGGUGGCUCGUUUGACCGCAAAAGACGUGCAUCCACUUCAUCCGUUUCCAGUGUUUCCUCUGUCUCUUCACUUGAGGAAUUGAGCGAGGAGGCGGAUGAUUCUGAGGAUGAUGCUGAUGACGAGGAGGACCGACCACUAGCUCAUGCCCCGUCUUUCGGUCGUCGUUGGAACAAUGCCCGGAAGGCGGGGCGUCAACCGGUGAAGAAACAGAGAUUACGCCUCUCGGAUGAUGAAGACUCUUUCAGUAGCUCCAGCGAUUCCGACGAUAGCUCCGACGAUGUCUAUGCCGCUGUGGAUUACAUCUCGGAUGCCGAAGAUGAAGAGCAAGAUGUUGAAAAGUUGGAGGAAAUGAUGAUCAUGGAAACCGCGAGAGAUCAUCGAAUUCUGCCCACCUCCGAAGCCUCGCAUGACCAAUGGAAUGAGACCGAGUUCUUUGGAGACUCGAUGAUUCUCCCCGCCGCCUCCUUCUUCGAUGAUGAACAAUUGUACAGUGCCAUGGAAACCUUUGGUGAAACUGAUAUGGCCAGCGAGGCUGUCGAGACCCCGGUGGCUCGACGAGUCCACUUUGAGGAACGAUCAGACUCCUCGUCCGAUAGCGAUUCCCACACUGAGGAUGAGAUUCCCAGUGACUUCCUUCAGCAAGAUUCUCUGGACCCUCAAUUGCGCCGGAUGAUUGAGAACGACAAUGAGAACCACCGUAGCCACCGUCGCCAGUCUGAAGAGAUUUUCGGAGAUGCAGACUAUGGCCAUGCAAAUAUCUACCACGUCGAGUCCGAUGGAACAUCGGAGGGUAGCCUGAGCGGCUAUGAGACCGAUGAUGGAGAUACUACAGAUGAAGAUCUUCCCCCUCCCGCCACUAUCACCCACCCCCGCUCCCUCCUUCGACGGGACUCGACCGACUCGUUGGUUGCUCCCAGUGAUGACAAAACCGUCAACCUCCCUCGUCGGCGUGGCCCGAUCAUGGGAACAUUCGUUGCGGAUCCUCACAAACCUGUCGCCUUGGUUGACUGCACAGGAAAGCACCUUGUCAUUAUUCCCGCUUAUGCCUCUUCUCGCCACGACUGGUUAGAAUCAGCCGCCAACAGUAUGCCUGGCACAGCCAACAACAGUCCCCGCCAGACAACUCUGCAACUCAUUGACGAGAGUGACACCGAUGCCAUGGCAUCUCCGAACCACAUUGACUUCAGCCCCAUGUUGGCAUCCAGCGCCAACUUGAUGAUGACAGCCCUUGGCAACGAUCUUACCCCAGGUGGCCAGGUUAUGGGCCCUCCUGAAGCAUUCUAUCCUUCCCGUGAUUUCGCCAUUGACAGCUCCUUUGAAGACGAUGAGGAAGAUGACCCCGAAUCAGCCCUCAAUGUAGAUGACUUUAUUGACUUCGGCAAUGGCUCUUCCGACGAGGAAGAUAUGGGCAACCUUGAUGAUGAGGCGCUCAUCUCCCCCCAUGGCUGCAAUGCUGAGCGUUUCUUGAACCACCUUGACAAGGGCAUUGUCACUGCAUUCCGCCGCAACCACAACCGAUACCAGGCACUUCUCCGUCUGCCUCAACACCGCGAGUUCAUGCCCGCCAACUCGCCCGCACGACCCGCCAGUGUCUUCCGACACGCCAAGCACACCGACCAGCGCACGCCGACUCGAAAGCGCAAGUCAAGCGGAUACGCAGGUGGCGAGGCAGUUCGACGUAAGCUGAUGGAUGCGCAUCGCCGCACUCAGGUGCCUUUCUAG